UCGAGGGCUCCUCACGAGUCGAUCAAAAAGUGUUUGUUCUGAUUCUUGAUGAUCAGGAACAUUUCAGCUGAGCUUGUUUGGGGAGGUUCCUCCAUGUCAAACGGAAGGUAGACCUCAGUAGUUCCAAUUAACAGACGUGUCAAUUGCGCGUCAAUCGCAAGCAAUGCACCAAAGCCUUGUUUGUUGGGCACGUUUUGGCUCAUUUGUUUUCUCCCGAAUUAAUCGGCGCUCUUCCUGACCAAACACAUAGGGUGCUGAGUAAACAAUUCAAGCGAACUGAGCAAGAUCCUCAUAAUUGUCGAACACCCAGAUCAAACAAACGAUUCGAGACGAAUUCUGAUCCUAGAAAUUCUACAGAACCUUUUCAGCGAAUUCUGGCGAUCGUUUCCCUUUAAUGAAACCAAUAUGUGAUAAGAGUAUAAAAAGGGAGAGAAAGAUGGAAUCGACAUCAUUCAACGACGAACUACCAAACAACGAACAACUAGCAGUUCAAGACAAAGACAGAAUUACACAAUCCUACAAUGCUGAGUUCAUACCUGCUCCUCUUCACAGUUGCCCUUGUGGCUUCUAACUUCAUCUACAAAUUUGCCCAUAAGUACCGCAAUCUUCCACCAGGUCCAUUGGGGGUGCCCAUCUUGGGCUACCUACCCUUUUUGGAUGUCAGCAACCUUGGGGAGGCUUUCAAGAACAUUGCCAAGACUUAUGGCGACAUCUUCAGCCUCCGAGUGGGAACUGAAAUGGCCGUGGUAUUAAACAGCUACGAGUCCAUCAAGGCGGCCUUUAGUAAGACCGAGCUGUGCGCUCGACCCAACACAUUCAUGUUCCGGUUCUUCAGCCAAGGCGAGAACGGGAUCGCCUCCACCAGUGGCGAGAAGUGGGAAGUGCAACGCAAGUUCACCCACUCCAACCUUAAGGCAUUGGGCUUUGGUCAGAACAAGAUGGAGAGCUUCAUCAAGGACGAGAUCCAUGAUCUCAUCGAGUUGCUUGAGGAGAAAUCCAAGGGUGGUCAACCUGUUGAGAUUGGCUACGACAUCAAUGUGUCCAUUGUGAACGUGAUUUGGGCUCUGAUCACAGGCGAGCGGAAGCCUCAUCAUGAUCAAAAGCUGCGUGACUUCCUGACCUCGGUGAACAAGGGCAUCGAAUUGGCCUCCACGUCCGGCAUCCUCUUGUUCAUGCCCUUCCUCGUCAAGAUCUUCCCUGAGAGCAUGUUUGGCAUCGACAAGAUGCGCAAAUGGAUGAAACACUCCUACAGCUAUCUGCAAGAAGUGAUUGACGAACACAAGGUCAACCACACGGACGUCAUCUCAAACCAGGAUUUUAUCGACGCUUUCCUCUCGGAAAUGAAGAAGGACGGUGCUCAUCCUUCCUUCAACGAGUUCCAAUUGUUGGUUCUCUGCUCGGAGCUGUUUGGUGCCGGUGGUGAGCCCACUUCCGUCACCCUGAAAUGGGCUCUGCGAUUCCUGGCCCUCAACCCGCACGUGCAAGCCAAGGCUCAAGCUGAGAUCCAGCAAGUGGUGGGCAACAACCGCAUGGUGGACCUGGAAGAUCGACCUAACCUACCCUAUGUGCAAGCCAUGAUCCACGAAAUCAUUCGCUUUUCGGACAUCCACCCCAUUGGAGUCAUGCACAGCCCCUCUGAAGACACCGAGUUGGAAGGCUUCAAGCUGCCCAAGGGCAUCUUCAUCUUCCCCAACUUCCACGCCGUCCACCGUGAUCCCCGUCAUUGGGAGAAACCAGAGGAGCUGUACCCUGAGCAUUGGUUGGACGCCAAUGGUCAAUUUGUUCCCAACCACGAUGGCUUCAUCGCCUUUGGAGCUGGCAAGAGGAAAUGUCCCGGUCAAGAAGUGGCUCAAAUGGAAUUGUUUUCCUUUGUGGCCAACCUCAUUCAGAAGUUCAACUUUUCGUUGCCCGCUUCUGAUUGCGGCACCCUUGAGACCUCAAUGGGAUGUGUGGUGUCACCCAAGCCCUACGAUCUUGUGCUUGAGGCCAGAUAUUAGAUCUUUGGUUAAGAUCUUUUGACACAAGCUCACAUACACACACGCACACACACACACCAUACCUGAGAAACUCAAUGGGAGAACUUUCCCUUCUUGUGACCGCAACCAAUUGUCAGCUCUAUCAAUAUUCAUUCAGAAAUAUCCAUUUAUUCACUUGUUAUAUGCUAAAUACAUGCUAAAAGAGCCUA